GAAGAUUAGCUCUUGUGGCUAGAUGUCGUGACACUGAGUAAUUCAUAUAGCACUAAAAAGACUGAUGUGUUUUUGCUGCUUGCUACGCUUACAUGUACGCGUUAGGCAUAGCGUUAACCACAUAUGCUGGCAGUGGUGGCUGCUGAGGUAGAUAUCUACUUUUCUCCGUGCAUUAACUUGUAUGUAACGUUAGCUAACGGUAACAGCAGUCCCUUCUCAUCUGUCUGUCAAACGAUUCUGUCUCACAAACAUGCCUAUUCAGCUGACAAGUCAAGCUUACUGUAAAAUGGUUUUACAUGCUGCCAAGUAUCCUCACUGCGCCGUGAAUGGAUUGCUGGUGGCAGAAAAAACGAAGGAGAAAAAGAAAGACAGCCACAGUGAACCAGUGUUGUGUGUGGACUGUGUGCCGCUGUUUCACGGUACUCUAGCUCUGGCACCAAUGCUAGAAGUAGCUUUAACAUUGAUUGAUACUUGGUGUAAAGAAAAUAAUUAUGUGAUUGCUGGAUAUUAUCAAGCCAAUGAACGCACAAAGGAUUCAAGACCCAACCAAGUUGCAGAAAAAGUGGCUGCCAGGAUUUCUGAGAACUUCUGCGAAGCAGCAAUUGUUAUGGUGGACAACAGUAGAUUAACCAUUAGCUGUUUUGAGCCCAUUGUGCUCAUCUAUGAUCAUCAUGAAAACAAGUGGAAAAACAGAGAAGUAACUUUUGACUGUUUUGAGGACUGGAGCGAAGCACAGAAGAUUACAUCUGCUCUGUUAGAGGGAAGGUCCUACGAGAACUUGAUUGACUUUGACAACCACUUGGAUGAUCUCAGGAACGACUGGACCAACCCUGUGAUCAACAAGUCCAUCCUGGAUCUGUGCUAAGACCCUCAGUCAGGAGUACCCUGGACACACAUGCAAAUAAUGCUGCCAUUUCAGCAUGCUUGAUCUAAUUGUCGUGUAGCACAGGAGUACAAAAAUGCUGAACUUGUAGUCUUUGUUCCUUCAAAGGGCUCCCGUACUGACGGGAGUUUGGGGGGCACUGACUAGUCAGGCCAAAAUCUCUUAAGGGUAAGCGCCAUAUGUGCACUGUUGGCAUGUGUCUGCCUUUACAAGGUGGUACUGAGGUGAUUUUGUUUUUGAAUGCAACUUAAUUGUUUUUUUUGUUUGUUUUUUUUGCAAUGGUUUGUGUUUAUUCAUAGAUGUGUGCUUAAAGUUAAAUUCUAUUCUCGAGUAUUUGAUCUAUUUUUUUUGUCUUAAAUUUUACAGCCAGUAGCCAUAUACGAGAGCAAUUUCUAAAUAAUGAACAAUGUUAGAUGAUGAUUGUACUACUGAGAUAUGAUAUAAAAAUGUUCUUUUAUUAAAUUUCUAGUUUUGUUUUAAGCCCUGAAACAAAAUUCACACGUAGAACAGAAGUUCUUUGGAACACAUAGAUGGCAUUGAACAAGAGAGACGGGAAUCUCAAAGGUUUGGUCUCAUUGGACUGUCACAUGCCAACUCAAGUCUGUUUGUAGAUUCACCAGUAAUGACAAUGGGAUGAUUGACUCAAGAGCUUUGACUUUUAAAUAAUUGAUGCUUACAUUUCGGCGAUGCAUGUCUCCUGUCAUUGUCACUGGUGCACUUCAGAAGGUCAUUCUGGAUGAUACACAUGUCGGCAUGGUGGCUUUUGAUUGUUGCAAUGGAAGAUUUAUUCAGAAAUACAAUGCACUGAAUCAGAUCGCAGGAAUGUGUUAAUUUAGUUUAAUGUUGGAUAUGUAUUUUAAGAAUUAGGUAAUAGUAUUUAUUAUACUUAAAUAAUAAUAAUGUGAGGAUGCAGAACCACCUUUUGUAUUUGAGAUUAGAAUUAAUUAUUUCUAAUUAUUGUAAGCUAAUCACUUAAAUAAUUGUGUGGACAUCAUCACAUUUUUUACAGAAAUUUUAUGAACUGAAUGUACAAUGAAACCGACUUUU